CUCUCACUUUCACCUUGGUCUUCCACUCUUCCCUCGGUGUAAAGACCGAAGCCCAAGACCGUUGUCUAGCGUUUCUAUUGGCGCACUGGUCACCGUCGCCACCUCGUAGGCUCGCACCCCUCUCUCUUUUCUUUCAGAUCUGAUAUUCUCGUCGUUCCCUCCGUCAUCCACAUUCUGUAUUGGUUAUGUCUUUUCAUUUCUGGGUUCAGGGUAGUUAGUGAUUUUGAUGAGUAGUAUUGUUUGUUUAGUGAAUUACAGUUGGGUUAUGAGUGUUCGGUUUAAAUAAAUUAUGCGAUGCUGUUUCUUUGCUGGGUAAAUGCAGGAAGGGAAUGGGGGUUGGCUCAAGUGGCGAAGGCCUUAGACUAUGGUAUUGAAAUUAUUGGAUUUGGUAAAUGGGCAGCCAUAAGUAAGUUAAUGGGAUAUUUGUGGACAAUUUCUUAAGUAUGUUAGUUUGAGAUGAAUAUAGUUGUAUUCGCUUGGAGCAUUAAUUGAGUAAUUUUGCAUUUAAAAAAAAAAGAGUAAAGAUAGUAAAAUUCAGGAAAAUUGGAAGGAAUGUUAUAUUGUUGAAUUGGUUGUAGGUUUUUUGAAGAUGUAUAUUCAAUACCGUUUUGAAGAAAAAAAAAGAUUCCAUAUAUUCAUUGAUCAAAUUCUUGUAUUUUGGCCAUCACUUUGAUGCACACGCCAGGAACAUUUGUUGUUGUCAAAAGGAUAUUGAUGUAUACUAGUAUUUUGCUACACAUGCAACCUCGAUCUGGAAUUUGCAAGACACUCGUGGAGAUUCAAAAUCAAUAGACUACAAGGUUUAUAAAAGCCCGCAAUCCAACAAAUUUGACAACCUUUGAAAAGAGGAAAAUUUUAUUAUCAUGAAAAAGCUGCCUAAACUAGAGGCAUGUUCUUCCCUGUGUCAAUCCAAAGGAAGUGUUGUUGAGAAUAGCGACAAAAUCAGCAAUCUUCCGGUCCAUAUUGCUCAUCACAUGCUUUCAUUUCUUUCGAUGGAAGACAUUGCACGAUUGAGCAUAGUGUCAAAGUGGUGGCAAGAAUUAUGCAUAUCUAUUCCUUCCUUGACCCUUAAUGGCAUGCACUAUGAAGCUAAGGAUGUUAAACUAAUUUACUUCAAGAAUUUUGUUGAUAGGUUGAUGCUUCGACGCCAUGGAAUGAAGAUGGUGCAGUUUUGCGUUCAUUGGGCUUUUCUUGAUUGGCAUGCUGAAGAAUAUCGUUUUCUCACAUGGUUGCAUGAUGCAGUAAGGUGUAAUGUUGAAGUGCUUUAUCUUGAGCUUUGUAUAGGAGCUUUUCGCAUGCCACUUUGUGUUGUGCAUUGUGAAUCGUUGAGGUUUCUAACAUUAAAUUUGCAUGGAGCGGUUCUCCAAUUGCCGUUUUCAAGUGGGUUCAAGAAAGCUUCAAUCGUUAUCACUAGCACAUGUUCGAGUUCUUGAUGACCUUUUUUUGGAACGUGUUUUGUCUCCUUGCAACUCUCUUAAUAAGUUAUGUCUUGACGGCGUUUCUGGGACGAAUAACAUUACCAUUCGGUCCUCAUCUCUAAAAUAUUUAGAAUUUAGGAGUUAUAGACAUAAUUACCUCUUACAUCUUAAUGUGUUUGGGGAGCUACUAGAGGAGUUGAAAAUAUACUGGACAUUUUUUCCUCCCGGUGGUAGAUCAUUGAAAAUUGCUACUCCAAAUCUCAAAUGUUUUACAUGGGAUGGAUUUGCUCCAGAUAACUGUUUUUUGGGUAACUUAAAGUGUUUACGUUCUUGUACAUUAAAUCUUGAACAACUUUCUAGCUCAUGGAGGCCUCCAAGCUUGGAGUAUUUCAAAUUUCUAGAAGGGAUCAAUGAUCUAGAGAUACAGUUUCGGUGUCUUAAGGAAUUAUAUAAGGUUGGCAUGGUGCCGAUUACUUUGAUGCAUGUACAUACUUUGCGUAUAAGCCUUAUCCCAUCAGAUGGUAAGGAUGACAAUGCAGUUCGAGCAAUCUCCUUACUUCUCAUGGGAGGUGUUAACGUAGAAGCUUGGUCCAUGACAAAUGGGAAGUCUUGGCUAAUAUACAAGGCUUGUUCCCGUGAAGAAAGGAUGCGGCAACUACAGGAAUUAAUGAAACCAAUUGUGAAGUUUGUUCCAGAGAAAAGGUAGGAACAUCAUUGUCUACCAGGUCGUUCGGAGUUAAAGCUAAAUAUUGUUGAUUCCAAGAAUUGAUAUGUAUUCAUCAUUUGAAGAGUAUAUUGACUGGCUUCUUAAAGGUAAUAAUUCAUUGUAGCGGCUAGAGUAUAUUCUCAAGCAUGCCCCAAAAUGUGAGGAGAUAGACACCAUUUGUACACCUUCCCGACAAUCAUAUAUCACGAAGACAAUUGAACAUAGGGCAGCUUCAAUUGUUAGAAUUUUUUUAUUUUUUUAUUUUUUUAUUUUUUUUCUGAAGUAACAAUUCUAUAUUUAUAAUGGUUUUGUACUAUUUAAUGUGAAAUUUUCAACUCUGGGAGCCUUAGAAUAGUAUUUGUUAAUGUGUUUUGGGAUAUUUUUGUUUUUGGUUUUCGUAA